CUGCCCUCGGGCCACCCAUAUUUGUAGGCUGGGAGGGGUGGUGAGGCGGCCCUUUCCCGGGAAGCAACUAGAGAAAAGGGGCCGGGAUGCUGGCCAGGAUGGAAGCGGCCCAGGGGACGCCGGGCAGUGUUUGGGCAAGGAGCAAGAAUGCUGGUUAUGGCCAGGCUCUGUCCUCUCCCGUUUAAAAAAAAAAAAAGAAAGAAAAAGUGUUCCCUCAUUCCCAAAGGGACUAUUUAGGACAGUCUAAAGAUGCCUGUCCUGGAGACAACAAUUUUGCAAACCAUGGGAAAUGAAGAUAAUGAAAUUCAGAGUAAUGAACCAGAAAUAAAUUCUACUGCUUCCACAACCAAGAAAACAGAGGAGGGGGCUCUCAUGGAUCUCAAAGGUAUAGAUGGAAACGAACCAAUGGAAGAAAGUGCCCUAUUGAAAAAUAGCGAGCCAUCACCAGAACCAUCACCAGAAUCAAACAGGGAGAAACUGAGGCAAAUAUUUGCCUGUCCUCCAAGAGGCAUCCUUGUUCGAAUAAUAACAAAUGUUACCAUGGUGGUUCUUGUAUGGGCUGUAGUUUGGUCAAUUACUGGAAAUGAAUGUCUUCCUGGUGGAAACCUAUUUGGAAUAUUAAUCUUGUUUGUUUGCGCUGUCAUUGGGGGUAAACUUCUGGGACUUGUCAAGCUACCUACAUUGCCUCCACUACCACCUCUUCUUGGGAUGCUGCUUGCUGGGUUUCUUCUUAGAAAUAUUCCUGUCAUCAGUGACCAAAUCCAGAUCAAGCAUGUGUGGUCUGCAUCUCUGAGAAGCAUAGCCCUUGCUAUUAUUUUGGUUCGGGCUGGGCUUGGACUUGAUUCAAAGGCCCUGAGGAAGCUGAAGGCUGUGUGCCUACGAUUAUCCAUGGGCCCCUGCCUUGUUGAGGCAUGUUCAUCCGCUGUGCUUGCCCACUUCUUAAUGCAUUUACCUUGGCAAUGGGGAUUUAUCUUGGGGUUCGUUCUAGGUGCUGUCUCCCCAGCUGUUGUGGUGCCCUCAAUGCUCAUUUUGCAAGGAGGUGGAUAUGGUGUUGAAAAAGGUGUCCCGACUUUGCUCAUGGCUGCUGGUAGCUUUGAUGAUAUUCUAGCCAUUACUGGCUUCAAUACAUGUUUAGGCAUGGCUUUCUCUACAGGUUCUACAAUUUAUAAUGUUCUCAGAGGAUUUCUGGAAGUGAUAGUUGGUGUGGCAGCUGGAUCUCUUCUUGGAUUUUUUAUUCAGUACUUUCCAAGUAGGGAUCAGGGAAAACUGAUGUGGAAGAGAGCUUAUCUCCUCUUGGGACUGGCAGUGUUCGCCAUCUUCAGUAGCACGUUUUUUGGUUUUCCAGGAUCAGGAGGACUGUGCACACUUGUUAUGGCCUUUCUUGCUGGCAUAGGAUGGACUAGUGAAAAGGCAGAUGUUGAAAAGAUCAUUGCAGUUUCAUGGGACAUUUUUCAACCCUUUCUUUUCGGACUGAUUGGAGCAGAAGUAUCUAUUACAUCUCUUAGACCAGAAACUGUUGGGCUAUGUGUGGCCACCUUGGGCAUUGCUGUGUUGAUAAGGAUUGUUAGUACAUUCUUGCUGGUGUCUUUUGCUGGUUUUAAUAUAAAGGAAAAAAUAUUCAUUUCUUUUGCCUGGCUUCCUAAAGCCACAGUUCAGGCUGCUAUAGGUUCUGUGGCUUUGGACACUGCAAGAACUCAUGGAGAUGAACAGCUGGAAAUGUAUGGAAUGGACGUGCUAACAGUCGCAUUCUUGGCGAUUCUGAUCACUGCUCCAAUUGGAAGUCUGCUCAUUGGCCUUCUGGGCCCCAGACUACUGCAGAAAGCUGAACAGAAUCAAAGGAAAGAUAAAGAAGGAAGAGAAUCACACAUACAAAUGUAGAGGUGAAAGGAGAGAACACUGGGAGGAAUUAUUUUUAAAACUUUCACUAUAUGCUGUUCAUCAGAAUUUUUCUAUUGGGAUGGAUGUUGAAGAGCAGAAUCUUAGAGCUGGAAGGGAUAUUAGCCUGUGCAGGAAUGCCCACUAUAGGGUACUAUCCGUGGUCCUGAUACCUGACCUGUGUAAUCCUCCUCACUCCCACUACCAAAGCAGCUCCUCUCAACUUCCUAUUGUUAUCACAUAGCAGGGUUAUGAGUUCACACUCCAGGUAGGGCUGAACCCUAGAAUUUGGGGAGAAAGUCAAUAAAAUGUAACGUUUUAAAGUUCAAUAUAUUAGGCAUAGACAUGGAAUGGCUGAAAUCAGGGCCAGAAGUAGCAUGGAAGGGAAAUAUAAUAUAUGUGUUAUAGUGUAUGGGAUAAACCCAAUAUGGGGUAGGAAAUCAAAUGUCACUUGGAGAGGCACAUAAGAGUCAACUCUUACUCAUUUGUAAAAUGAGGGUUUUUGUAAGGUGUUUUGCAGACCUUAAAAGUGCUAUGUUAAGGGUAAGUAUUGUUAUUAAUAAAAUGUAUAUAAUAAAAUUUUUACUACCUAGCUCAGAAGGUGAUUGGAAGGAAAAUUUUUGAAAACCAUAAAAUAUGUGAGCUUAAUGUAUCAUACUUUGGUCCCCAAAGUUUGAUUGCAAUUCUAGAGCCCACCAUAGGUAAGAAGCAUAUAGUAUAAUUAUAUAAGUUACUAGAAAGGGGCUGCCAGCAGUUAGGUGGUAUUGUACAUAGAAUGUGGGAUUUGGAGUCAGGAAGACAUGAAUUCAUAUUCUGCCUCAGAUAUUUACCAGCAUGGGACCCCGGGGAAGUUACUUAUUCUCUCUUGGCCUCAGUUUCUUCAUCUGUAAAUGGGUAUAACAAGAGUGACUCACUCACAGCGUUGUUACGAAGAUUCAGUAAGAUGGUAUCUAUAAAGCACUAUCACAGG